AAGAGGAGUUUCCAUCCAGCGAGGAGCUGCGAGCGGAGAUCUGCCUUUUAAUUUAUACUCAAACAAGCCAGAGCAGAGCAGAAUGAGCGCGUUUCCAGCGCGGAUCUGAGCCGUGUGGACUUUUUUUUCUUCAUUUCCGAAGAGAGAAGAGGAGGAAUUCCUGGUGCGGGAAUGCAGGGAAUUAAUUCGCGGACUUAGUUAAUUGUGCGGAGAUCUGCGGUUCACCCUGAAGAGAAGAGGAAAACUUCAAAAUCGGCUUCAGUGCACGUCUGGAGGUGUGAUGUCUUGACUCGGCGGCGCCUCCAGCCCAGUGAAGGUCGUGCCAGUGCCGGGCCGCUGCUCAUGGGACCUCCUGCUCUACCAUGAGUACCCGAGAUGGCGUUGGUGGCGUCGGUGGUUUGGGCACCCUGGGCCGGCGGCAGCGCUUCGAGAACUCGGAGUUCACCGUGCGGAUCUACCCGGGCGCCCUGGCCGAGGGCACCAUCUACUGCCCCAUCAGCGCCCGCAAGACCACCAGCGCCGCCGAGGCCAUCGAGCGCGUCAUCGAGCGGCUCCGUCUGGACCGCACCAAGUGCUACGUCCUGGCGGAGGUGAAGGAGUUCGGCGGGGAGGAAUGGAUUCUCAACCCCACCGACUGCCCCGUGCAGAGGAUGAUGCUCUGGCCCCGCGUGGCGCUGGAGCACCGGCCGCUGUCGGGCGGCGAGGAUUACCGCUUCCUCCUGAGGCAGAAGAACCUGGACGGCUCCAUCCACUACGGCGGCAGCCUCCACAUGUGGCUGCAGGUGACGGAGGAGCGCCGGCGGAUGAUGGAGCGCGGACUGCUGCCGCAGCCCGAGGCCCAGGGCGACCACGCCGACCUGUGCUGCCUGCCGGAGCUCAACGAGCGCACGCUGCUGGACAACCUGCGCUCGCGCUUCCGCCAGGAGAAGAUCUACACCUACGUGGGGAGCAUCCUCAUCGUCAUCAACCCCUUCAAGUUCCUGCCCAUCUACAACCCCAAGUAUGUGAAGAUGUAUGAUAACCACACCCUGGGAGACCUGGAGCCGCACAUCUACGCCGUGGCGGACGUGGCGUACCACGCCAUGCUGCAGAGACAGAGCAACCAGUGCAUCGUGAUCUCCGGGGAGAGCGGCUCCGGCAAGACGCAGAGCACAAACUUCCUCAUCCAUCACCUGACGGCUCUCAGCCAGAAAGGCUUCGCCAGCGGCGUGGAGCAGAUCAUACUGGGGGCGGGGCCAGUAUUAGAGGCGUUCGGGAACGCGAAGACGGCACACAACAACAACUCCAGCCGGUUUGGGAAGUUCAUCCAGGUGAACUACCAGGAGAGCGGCACGGUGAGAGGGGCAUAUGUGGAGAAAUACCUCCUGGAGAAAUCCAGACUGGUCUACCAGGAGCACAAUGAGCGGAACUACCACGUGUUUUACUACCUGCUGGCAGGAGCGAGUGAAGAAGAGAGGACGGCCUUUCACCUGAAGAAGCCUGAAGAAUACCAUUACCUCAGUCAGACGACACACACAGGCCGCCAGCCGCACUGGGACAGUUACUGUGACAGUGAACCGGACUGCUUCACGGUGGAAGGAGAGGAUCUGAAGCAUGACUUCGAGAGGCUGCAGCUGGCCAUGGAGAUGGUGGGCUUCCUUCCCGCCACGCGCAAACAGAUCUUCUGCCUGCUGUCGGCCAUCCUCCACCUGGGAAACAUCCGCUACAAGAGGAAGACCUACAGAGACGACUCCAUCGACAUCUGCAACCCCGAGGUGCUGCCCGUCGUCUCCGAGCUGCUGGAGGUGAAAGAAGAGAUGCUGUUUGAGGCUCUGACCACCCGGAAGACGGUGACUGUCGGGGAGAAGCUGAUCGUUCCGUACAAACUGUCCGAGGCCGGUACGGUGCGAGACUCCAUGGCCAAGUCUCUGUACAGCGCUCUGUUCGACUGGAUCGUCUUCAGGAUCAACCACGCCCUGCUCAACAUCCGAGACCUGGAGGAGACCACCAAGAUCUUGUCCAUCGGCGUUCUGGACAUCUUCGGUUUCGAGGACUAUGAGAACAACAGCUUCGAGCAGUUCUGCAUCAACUUCGCCAACGAGCGUCUCCAGCAUUACUUCAACCAGCACACCUUCAAGCUGGAGCAGGAGGAGUACCGGUCCGAAGGCAUCAGCUGGAGGAACAUCGACUACAUCGACAACACCGGCUGCAUCAACCUGAUCAGCAAGAAGCCCACCGCCCUGUUCCACCUGCUGGACGAGGAGUGCAACUUCCCUCAGGCCACCAACCAGACGCUGCUGGACAAGUUCAAGCGGCAGCACGAGGGGAACGGCUACAUCGAGUUCCCGGCCGUCAUGGAGCCCGCCUUCAUCAUCCAGCACUACGCCGGCAAGGUCAAGUACGGCGUCAAGGACUUCAGGGAGAAGAACACGGACCACAUGCGUCCCGACGUCGUCGCUCUGCUCAAGAGCAGCAAGAGCGCCUUCAUCUGCGGGCUGAUGGGAAUCGACCCGUCGGCCACCUUCCGCUGGGCGGUGCUCCGAGCCUACUUCAGGGCCCUGGUGGCCUUCAGGGAGGCCGGGAGGAGACACACACUGAGGAAGAGUGGGCAUGAUGACGCUGCUCCCUGUGCAGUUUUGAAAAGUGUGGAUAGUUUUAGCUUUCUGCAGCACCCUGUGCAUCAGAGAAGCUUAGAGAUCCUGCAGCGGUGCAAAGAGGAGAAGCACACUCCGGAUGAGAGUGAAAAUGUGCAGAGUGAUGACGGUGGAAACGGUGUGACCAGGAAGAGUCCGCGCACGCCGCUGUCAGACCUGCAAGGAAGCAACACCUUCAAUGAGCGCUCGCCCCGGGGUUCUCCCAGUCCAGGCUGGAACGGCCGUUCGGGUCGACAGAGCCGUUUAUCGUCCAGCAGCUCCACCACAGAAGAAGACGGAGUCUUCGUCAACUCGGCCAGCAGCAAACUGCUGGAGCGAGCGCACGACAUCCUCAUGAGGAACAAAAACUACAAGUCCAAGCCGGUUCUUCCCAAGCACCUGCUGAACGUCAAGUCCCUGAAGUACCUGAGCAACCUGACGCUCCACGACCGCAUCACCAAGUCGCUGCUGCACCUGCACAAGAAGAAGAAGCCGCCCAGCAUCAGCGCGCAGUUCCAGGCCUCGCUCAAUAAGCUGAUGGAGACUCUGGGUCAGUCUGAGCCUUAUUUUGUCAAGUGCAUCCGUUCCAACGCCGAGAAGCUGCCCCUGAGGUUUAACGAUAACCUGGUGCUGAGGCAGCUGCGCUACACCGGCAUGCUGGAGACGGUGCGCAUCCGCCAGUCUGGGUACAACGUCAAAUACAGCUUCAAGGAUUUCGUCCGUCAUUUCUCGGUGCUGCUGCCGGAGGGCACCAGGCCCACCAAAGAGGGGAUCCAGCGCUUUCUCAGACGGCUGGACCUGCAGGCUGAUGGCUACCAAGUGGGGAAGACACAGGUGUUCCUCCGGGAGGCGGAGCGCCAGCGGCUGCAGGCCUUGCUCCACGGCCAGGUCUUCCGGCUCAUCGUCACGCUGCAGCGGCGCUUCAGAGCCCGUCUGGAGAGGAAGCAGUUCGUCCGGAUGAGACGAGCCGCCGUCUGCAUCCAGACCUGGUGGCGUUCGUCCCGCUCGGCGGCCCUGCCGGAGGACCCCGCCCCCGCCGUCCGGGAGGCGGCGGCGCUGUGCCUGCAGACCCGGUGGAGGGGUUACCGGGAGCGUCGGAAGUUCGUGCUGCGGAGGCGUUCGGCCCUGGUGCUGCAGAGGGCCUGGAGGGCGUGGCGCUCCCGGCGCGGCGCCGCCGCCCUGGUCAUUCAGACGGCCUGGCGCUGCCACCGAGCCCGGGAGGAUUACCUGCGUCUGCACCGAGCUGUGGUCCGACUGCAGGCCGCCAGCAGAGGGUUCCUCACCAGGAGGAGCUUCAGGAGCGCGAAGGAGCAGCGGCUGAGGGAGGAGGAGGAGGGGAGGAGGCUGCUCCGGCUGCAGAAUGGACAGGUGAGCGGCUCACCUGGAGACGAGGAGGAGGAGGAGGCGUCGCCGGGGAGGAUCAUGGGGCUGGACCUCAGCACGUGGGAGGACCGGUCGUACGAGCAGCGAGAGAACAGCCUCCAGAUCCUCGGCGGCCAAGGAGAGGGCGAGCAUGAGCGAGAGAGGACCCCCCAGACCCAGGCCCCUGCUCCGGCGGUGGUGGUCCGGGAGAGGGUCCGAUCGCUGGACGAACCCAACCAGAAGACCACCCGGGCCAAGAGGGAGAGCCGGCGCAUGCGGGAGCUGGAGCAGGCCAAGUUCAGCCUGGAGCUCCUGAAGGUCCGGGCCAACAGCGGCGGGGCCUCGUCCCCCUCGGAGGAGCGGCGCUGGUCCGCCGAGCUGGUCCCGCCCGCCACCCCGCCCCUGCGGUCCCCCCAGGGGACGCCCGACAGCCAGAGCUCCAAGGGCAGCUUCGAGCUCCUCAUGAUGGACGAGGAGCCGCCGAAAGCCGAGGAGGAGGUGACGGAUGGCGAGGACGCCUUCUCCCCCCUCCCCCCGGCGGAGGCGGACCCCGGCGCAGUACCGUCGCUCCCCUCCGCCCCCACGCAUCCGCCCAAGUUCGAGAACUACCUCCCGACCUUUUACGUCCCCGCAGAGGAGAGCAGGACUGCCGAAGACCCCCGACGCGACCGAGUCCCCAAACCCGUCACAGAGCGGCGAGAGGCGGUUCGCCGCCCGGUGGUGGUGGUCAUCAGCAUGCAGAAGGACGGCCCGCUCAGCCAGGAGCUCGGCCACGUAGUCCGUCCCCCCGCCGAGGUCCCGACACGGCCCGGUCCGGCCCCCGACCCCCCCGGCCCCACCGACCCCGCCGUCAUGGAGAAGCUGGUCCGUCUGAACGAGGUGAAGGAGGAGAGGCAGCGCAGCCAGCGGCAGAAGAACGAGAAGGAGAUGAUGGAGCAGAUCCGGCAGCAGAAGGAGGCGCUGGAGCAGCAGCGGCUCGUCUUCGCUCAGUACGAGAGGGAAAUGUUCGAGAAGCAGCGAGGAGAGGCCCUGCACCGGAUCCAGCAGAGCCGGCAGCCUGGGCCGGACCCCCCAGGCAGGCCCCUCAGACCCAGGUCCCUGCUGAUCGACGGGACCCGGCCGGACUCCGCCGCCGCCCCGCCGCCGCAGUCCUCCAAGCUGCCGCCGCCGCCGCCCGCCUCCGCUUCCAGAGAGCGACGCCACGAGAAGAAGGCGGUUCCUGAAGGCUGGGCGCCCAGACUCACGCUGGAGUCCAGAGACGGAGCUGGAACCAGGACCAGAACCAGAACCGGAGGAAAGAAGCCGCCGAGUAGCCAAGGAACGAUCGUGAAUAUGACCGACAAGCACGGAAAGAUCUUCUUCUCCCCGAAGGACAAAGUCACAUUCACAAGUUUUGACAGUGACGCUGCAGCUAAAGAGACGUCUGCUCCCAGAGACGGACCCACGCCGGCCUCCAAGCCAGCGAAAGGAGCCAAAACACGAGAUGUUGGCAGAGUGGGCCAAAAAAAGAAAGCCCGCAUGGCUCGGACCCGCUCCGACUUCCUCACCCGCGCCCCCGUCCUCUCAGUCGGGGGCGACUCGGACGAGGAUGACUAUGGCGGCGACGGCCUGGCCGGCCCCCGUCAUUUCACUCUGCCGCUGUCCAAGCAGGGCUCCACGGAGGCGGGCUUAAGAGAGUCCUGUUUCAGUGAUUCCGACAUGCCUGCAGUCUCCGAGGAGCAGAAGAAGCUGCACAAGACCAUGUCGUCGGGGGAUCUGGGGAAAUCCGACUCCAUGCGCAAAAACUCGCAGGACGGAAGGGUUCGGAAGAUGCGUUUCUGGGGGAGGCCGAAGUACGGCGAGAAGAAGACGUCCCGGGAGAAGCUGAUCUGCGGCGCCGACUCUCUGGACGGGGACGGCGGCGACACGGGGCCGCUGCUGGGAGAAGCAGGUCAGGAGAACAUGUCUCCGCCCUGCAGCCCGGACUCCACGCUGGACCGGGGGUCCAGGGACCUGAAGGAGAACAAGGAGCCGUCCCCCAAGGUGAAGCGGCGGCGCAGCGUGAAGAUCAGCAGCGUGGCUCUGGAGCCGGCGCCGUGGCAGAACGACUCGCUGCAGAUCCUCACCUGCACCAACGACUACCGCAGCAUGAACGACUUCCUCAUGAAGAAGAUCAACGACUUGGACACGGAGGACAGCAAGAAGGACACGCUGGUGGACGUCGUCUUUAAAAAGGCUCUGAAGGAAUUCCGCCUCAACAUCUUCAACUCCUACUCCACGGCGCUCGCAAUGGACGACGGUAAGAGCAUCCGCUACAAAGACCUGCACGCCCUGUUCGAGCACAUCCUGGAGAAGACCAUGCGGCAGGAGCAGCGGGACUGGAGGGAGUCGCCCGUCAAGGUGUGGGUCAACACCUUCAAGGUCUUCCUGGACGAGUUCAUGACGGAGUACAAGCCUCAGGACGGCACGCUCAGCAAGCAGGCGCCGAAACCGGAACGCAAGAAACGGAGGAAGAAGGACGCCGACAUCGUGGAGGAGCAUAACGGCCACAUCUUCAAGUCCACCCAGUACAGCAUCCCCACCUACUGCGAGUUCUGCUCCUCGCUCAUCUGGAUGAUGGACCGAGCCUGCGUCUGCAAGCUGUGUCGCUACGCCUGCCACAGGAAGUGCUGCCAGAAGACCACCACCAAAUGCAGCAAGAAGUUCGAUCCGGAGCUCUCCUCCAGGCAGUUCGGAGUGGAGGUUUCCCGCCUGACCAACGACGAGCGGACGGUGCCGCUGGUGGUGGAGAAGCUCAUCAACUACAUCGAGAUGCACGGCCUCUACACCGAGGGGAUCUACAGGAAGUCCGGCUCCACCAACAAGAUCAAGGAGCUCAAACAGGGACUGGACACAGACGUGGAGAGCAUGAACCUGGACGACUACAACAUCCAUGUCAUCGGCAGCGUUUUCAAGCAGUGGCUGAGGGAGCUGCCCAACCCGCUGAUGACCUUCGAGCUGUACGAGGAGUUCAUCCGGGCCAUGGGUCUGCAGGAUAAGAAGGAAAUGCUCCGCGGCGUUUAUUCGGUGAUCGACCAGCUGAGCAGGACUCACCUGAACACUCUGGAGCGCCUCAUGUUCCACCUGGUCAGGAUCUCCCUGCAGGAGGACACCAACCGCAUGUCGGCCAACGCGCUGGCCAUCGUGUUCGCGCCGUGCAUCCUCCGCUGUCCGGACUCCAUCGACCCGCUGCAGAGCGUCCAGGACAUCAGCAAGACCACGGCGUGUGUGGAGCUCAUUAUUUGCGAACAGAUGAACAAGUACAAAGUGCGCCUAAAGGACAUCAACACUCUGGAGUUUGCUGAGAGCAAAGCGAAGAGCAAACUGACGCUCAUCCGACGCUCCAUGGGUAAAGGUCAUCUCCAGAGGUCGAACUACCUGGCGCCGUCGCCGCCGGUCAGUCCGCGGCUCCCGUCGGUGAGCGACGCGGCGAUCGAGGAGAGCGGCGGCGAGGAGGCGGCGGAGCCGUCGGCCGAGAUGUCGGAGCAUCAGCAGGUGGCCAUGCAGCAGGAGGAGAGGGUGCUGACGGAGCAGAUCGAGAGCCUCCAGAAGGAGAAAGAGGAGCUGACCUUCGAGAUGCUGACUCUGGAGCCCCGGGCUUCGGACGACGAGACGCUGGAGUCGGAGGCGUCCAUCGGAACGGCCGACAGCUCCGAGAACCUCAACGUGGACUCGGAGGACACCAUCUCCGACUUCUCUGAAAGAGGAACGAUGCUGUCGUCUCCGUGGCCUCGGAGGUCUGACGGGAAAAGCCCCCGCCGCCGCGCCCUCCGCCGCCAGCCCGACUCUCUGGACUCUGUGGACUCGUGCUCCAGCGUGUCCUCGUACUCCUCCUCCUCGCACUUCCAGCCGUCGUCCGCCUCCUCGUCCUCCGCCGCCACGUCGCGGCGCUUCCGUUUCCACUCCAGGUCGUCCGGGGCGGGCUCCAGUCCCACCCUGGCUCAGCCCCGGAACGCGUCGCAGGCGUCCCGCUCCGACAGCUCGGAGGUCAGCCCCACGGCGGAGGCGGAGUACGAGGACAGGCCCCACUUCUCCAGCCGGGGCACCUACAACCCGGAGAAGGGCAAGCAGAAACUGAGGGGGGCCCGGCAGUCGACCCUGAGGCACUCCAGAGACGGUGGCGGCGGCGGCGGCAGCGGCAGGGACCCUCCAGACAUCCCGCAGCACAUGGUCCUCUAUGGCAACAAUGAGUUCAUGGUAUGAAGGACUCCGGGAAACCCGGCAGGCGCUCCACGCCGUCAGCGGAGGCCGAGCUCCGCUCCGCUAAGCACUUCUGUUCCGCCUUCCUUUGCAAGAAUUUAAAGAAAAGAAAAGAAAAAAAAAGACUUGUCCCCAAAGUGCCGUGUACAGAGUUCCCACCUCGGGGGCGGGGGUGCGCCUGGCGUCUGGAUCAGUGGAAAGGCUAAAAGCUGCCGCCCCUGCUCUCACAGUGCCUUGAGAGCUGGAAGACGGACCGAGCCGGAGCGCCGGGGGGAAAAGGGAAAGCUGGAGGAUCGUGCAGCAUCAGGGAAUGUUCCAGAGCCGGAAAGCAGAAGAGAUUUAAAAAAAAACAAAACAAAAUAAAUAGAAAACGAAGAAUCCAGCCGCUGCGGAUGCUACAAAGAACUUGAAGCUCAGAUUUAUUAGCUGCUUUAUGAGUUUACAGGUCAGAACAAUCAGUGUAAGCAGUGGAUGUUAUUACAAAAAUGAUUUUCCCUUAUUUAAUAACUUUUAAUGUCACAGAAAAUCUUUAUAGCGUAUAUUAUACUGGUAUAAAUACUGUACAAAGCCGGAGCACCAGCCGCUGCUGGGUAGCUGAAGUCAAAUAUUUAUCUUUUUUUUUUUUUUUUUGAACAGAGAAGUUUCGGGCAGUGAAUGUUACAAUCGUGUGUGUGUUUGUGUGUGUGCGUGUGUGAAUGUGUACGUGUGUGUGAGUGAGAGAGACGAAAAAAAUAAACCACUUCAUGUGUUAUAAGUUUGUGCUGCUUUGUUUCCGCCCUCCGAGGGGAAACGCCGCCAUCAAAGGGACCAACUCAGCUGGAGUGUGUUCCAGCCGCGGGGAUCCCAGCUCCGUGCGAAUGUCCGGAUGUGUACAAAAGUUCCUGCAUUCACUGCUUCAACAGCCAUACAACAAGUGUAAUGUACAAUACAGUUGAUAUAUGUACAGUAUAGUGGA